GAUAGUCUGUGUUGCUGAGGCGGUUCGAUUAAAGCACAGCCUCAUUUGGAGAGAGAGAGAGAGAGACAUACCAUCGCUAUCGAUCAUCGUGGAGCACUCCUGUCAGGGGAAAUUGUCAGAACAGAGAGGAGACAGCGGGGAGUGGGUGAAGGUAUGAUGGUCGCGUGGUUUUCAUUUUUGAUUUCAUUCCGUAUUCUGUGUGACAAUGAAGUGCUAGGUUUUCGACAACAUAUUGCAGUUUUGGAGAAGACGGAUCGAAGAUCGACUCUAGCAGGAACAAAAUGGUUAUGGAAUGAAAGGUGCGAUGGACGUCAAGCUCGUGAUUUGUACGGUCAUCUUUGCCUACUGUUUGGCUCAUGGAUUUGCAAGGUGCAGUAAGUACGGUCAGAGGUCACCGAAAGCAUGUGGGCGAACAUUGACAGCGUAUCGAGGGGAAGUCAAGUCCCCUGGCUACCCCCACGCCUAUCCCCCCGCCGUACGGGAUGUGGACCGAGUGUGCACCUGGAUCAUCGCCGUGCCAGAAGGGCGCGGAGUCAAGAUUACACUGCCACGUUACAACCUCAACUAUGACAGCAAGGAAGACCAGUACGACGAGUUGCAAAUCUUCUCAGACGGUGCGUGCAAUGACAAGGUCAGCUCCUACAUAGGAAAUGAUACUGAGACAACAGUCAUUAACGUCCCUACCAACAUGGCCUGUGUGCGGUUUGUUCGGAGGGCGAGUGAAAAUAUCGGACAUAAUGGAUUCACUCUGUCUUACGAAGUAAUUUCUGCCACUGGCGAGUGUGGAGCGAACCAAACCGUUCUGCUGGUGACGUCAGACGAAGGCUACAUUUACAGCCCCGGCUACCCGUCCAGCAGCUACCCUCAGGGACUGGACUGCACAUGGCUCAUCCAGACGGACCCCGAACAAAUCAUAACUGUCACUUUCCUGGACUUUCAGCUCAGCUACACCACGAGUUGUGAUUACGCCACGGACUUUGUGCAGAUCGGCAAUAAUAACGACACUUAUGACUUCAAGUACUGUGCGAGUAACAAGCCAGAGCGUUUCGAGAGCAGCGGGAAUCAGGUGUGGUUGUCGUUUCAAACGGGAAGAUGGACGAAUAAAGGGUUUUGGCUGAAGUACCAGACUCUAGGAAGACCUCUAGCGGCGGACCCAAUGAACUCCGGGCUGUCUCGAUCCGGUGGUGCGGCAGGGACAGACAAUGGACUAACAGGCGAAGCUCCGUCCGAUGCAGGGAAGAGGACGUCGAGCACAGGAGAGCAACCAAAAUCAAGGGCUUCCAAACUACAGUCGCCAUUCUUAGCUCUGUCAUUAAUGUUGUUCACACUUUGUUUCCAAUACGUGUACCUGUGACAUACCAUCCAAACGUAUUUAAUACAAUAUGAUAAUAUUAGGCAUGUAUGUAUGCCUUUUCUUGGGUUACAAUUAUGUACAUGACAGACUGUGAUCAUCUACCUCUUAUAAAGAAUCAUUCAAUACAUAAGUAUUCAUUUGGCAAAAACGAAAGUUGCCGUUCAGUUGUUGGAACGUUGAUGGUUGUGUUGAGUCAAGACUGGCAGUGGUUGGAAGGUAUGAGACUUUAAAAGCUUUCCAUGAAUGUUGUAGCGUAAAAUGUACUUAUAUUUUCAAACAUAACAAGAAGCAAUAUGGCAUCGCAAUUAUCCUAAUGUAUUUUAAGCGUGUGCUGGUGUUGUGAUUAGGUGUCGAGAUGCAAGAAAAAGCUCGUGACAAAAUUCACAUUUCAAUUCGGCAUUUACACGAUGCAUCUUUUGAUAUUAAGUUAAACAUUCCACUCUGCACUUUUAUCUCCUCGAAUACGUUGAUUGGUAUAGUCCAACAGUAAAGAAUUACUUCCCCGGUUACGUUUGCUUCUCGAGAAAUUGAACGCAAUUUCAACAUGGUCAUUGGUGGUUUUGAUGAAAGCCAAUCGACCAGCAAAGUCCAAUACUGUUGGAACAAACGCUGCGCAAUGCUGAACAUGGGGCACGUAAUCUCUGUGUAGAGUUAGGUAGCUUUUAACAUAGUUACCAUGGCCAUGAUUUGGUGGGGAGAAUACGUGCUCUACAUUAUAAACUACAUGUAAUGGAAUAUUCAGAGAGUUCACAAUAUUGCUUUCUCUUUUGUAUUCAGUGCAAGUGCAACUAAUAAAUUCAC